AUGGCAACAUCAAUGGUAACAUCCAUGGUAACUGCAGCUGGAGUAAAAACUGAAAAACGUCCUACGACGAAACUUGAUACUAUUCGUGACAUUGAAAGACGAAUGCAAAAAUUAUGGGCUGAUUUGGAAAUAUUCGAAGUCGAUGCACCUGACUAUUUCACUAAUAAUUCGAAUACAUAUUUCGUAACAUUUCCAUAUCCAUAUAUGAAUGGCCGUCUUCAUUUGGGACAUACAUUCUCAUUAUCUAAAUGCGAGUUUGCCGUAGGUUUUCAACGUCUUCGUGGUAAACAUUGUCUAUUUCCAUUCGGAUUUCAUUGUACUGGUAUGCCUAUUCGAGCUGCUGCCGAUAAAUUAAAACGUGAAUUAGAACAAUUUGGUUUUCCACCGAAAUUUCCCAUCGAUGCGAAUAAAAAAGUUGAAGCAACAAAAAUAAUGACACCAAAAGAAAGUGAAAGUAACAAAGUGGAUAAUAAAUCGAAGAGCAAGAAGAGUAAAGCAGUAGCUAAGACUGGCGGUGGAAAAUAUCAAUGGGAUAUAAUGCGUAGUUUGGGAAUUGAAGAUAAUGAUGAAAUUCGACGAUUUGCCGAUCCACAAUAUUGGAUUUCUUAUUUUCCAACUCAUGUCAAACGAGAUCUUGAAAUGAUGGGCUUAAAAGUUGAUUGGCGUCGUUCAUUUGUAACAACAGAUGUUAAUCCAUUCUAUGAUUCAUUUGUUCGUUGGCAAUUUCAUCAUUUGAAAGAAGGUGGUAAAAUUCAAUUUGGUAAACGAUAUACAAUUUAUUCACCUAAAGAUAAUCAACCAUGUAUGGAUCAUGAUCGUAGUAAUGGUGAAGGUGUAAAUCCUCAAGAAUAUACAUUAAUUAAACUCCGUAUUCAUGAUAAUCAUAUACCAGAAAAAUUAAAAUCUUAUGUAACACCGUCAACGACUAGUGUUUAUUUAGCUGCUGCUACUCUUCGACCAGAAACAAUGUAUGGUCAAACAAAUUGUUGGCUUCAUCCAAAUAUUCAUUAUAUAGCUUUUGAAACACGUUUACAUGAUAUUCUUAUUUGUACAGAACGUGCAGCUCGUAAUUUAGCUUAUCAGGAAUUUACUGAUGUCUAUGGUCAAUAUAAUAUCUUAGCUAAAUUUCUUGGUGCAGAAUUAUUCGGAUUACCAUUGCAUGCACCACUUUCGCAUUAUGAAACAAUUUAUACAUUACCUAUGAUGACAAUUAAAGAAGAUAAAGGUACAGGUGUUGUUACAUCAGUACCAAGUGAUUCACCAGAUGAUUAUGCUGCUUUGAUGGAUAUUAAACAUAAGGCAAACUUACGAGAAAAAUAUGGUAUUAAAGAGUCAAUGAUAUUACCAUAUGAUCCAGUAGAGAUUAUUGAACUUGAACCAUAUGGUCGUCUUGCUGCACCUACCAUUUGUAAUCAAAUGAAAAUUCAAUCACAAAAUGAUCAUGAUAAAUUAUUAGAAGCCAAAGAUAAAAUUUAUGUAAAAUCAUUUUAUGAUGGAAUACUUUUAGUUGGUAAAUAUGCGAAUAGUAAAGUAUCUGAUGCAAAGAAACUUGUUCAAGAUGAUUUGAUUACAAAUGGACAAGGUUAUGUUUAUUAUGAACCAGAAAAACAAGUGAUUUCUCGAUCAUAUGAUGAAUGUGUUGUUGCUCUUGUUGAUCAAUGGUUUCUUGAUUAUGGUAAUGAAAAAUGGAAACAACAAACUAAAGAUGCAUUAAAUAAAAUGAAUGUUUAUCAUACAGAAACACGUAAUCAAUUUGAAGGUGUUUUGAGUUGGUUACAUGAACAUGCAUGUUCACGUACAUAUGGUCUUGGAACAAAAUUACCUUGGGAUGAACAAUAUUUAAUUGAAUCAUUAUCUGAUUCAACUAUUUAUAUGGCUUAUUAUACUGUUGCGCAUCUUUUACAAGCACGGGAUUCUUUUAAUGGUGAAAAAUUAGGUCCAGCAAAUAUUCUUCCAUCUCAAUUAACAAUCGAUGUAUGGGAUUAUAUAUUUUUUCCUGAAAAAUCCUAUCCAUCUUCAACAACAGAUAUUCCACGUGCAAUACUUGACCAUCUUCGUAAUGAAUUUCAAUAUUGGUAUCCAGUUGAUUUACGUUCAAGUGGAAAAGAUUUAAUUCCAAAUCAUCUUACAUAUUCAAUAUAUAAUCAUAUAGCUAUUUGGCCCAAUCAUUCUGAGCUAUGGCCACGUGCAUUUCGUGCUAAUGGACAUUUGUUAUUAAAUGGAGAAAAAAUGGCUAAAAUAACUGGCAAUUUUUUAACAUUAUCACAAGCUAUUAAAAAAUUUUCUGCUGAUGGUGUGCGUUUAACAUUAGCUGAUGCUGGUGAUUCAAUUGAAGAUGCAAAUUUUGAAGAAGAAAUGGCUGAAGCACAACUUUUACGUCUUUAUGCAUUUAUUGAAUGGGUUAAAGAAGUACUUGAUAUUAAUUUAGUAGAUAUAGAGGAAGGAAAUAAUUCAAGAAAUUCAUCUGAUGUUAACUGGAUUAAAGAUAAAUUACAUCUUUCAUCUAAUUUAGAUAAUAGAAAUGAAGAAUUUACUGAAAAACAAAAAAUAAAUUAUCGAAUAGAUACGAAAUAUAAUUAUUAUGAUCAUGUAUUUGAAUCUGAAAUAAAUCGUGCUAUCCAAUUAACAGAAGAAAGUUAUGAAAAAAUGUUAUAUAAAGAUGUACUUAAAUAUGGAUUUUUUGAAUUACAAACAGCACGUGAUAAUUAUCGAGAAUUAUGUUUACAAUCUGAACGAAUGAAUUUACAUUUAAUAAAACAAUUUAUUGAAAUACAAGUAAUUUUAUUAGCACCUAUCUGUCCACAUAUUUGUGAUUAUUUGUAUCAAUUUCUUUAUCCUGGAACAACAAUUAUGAAUGCUAAAUGGCCAAAAGUUGGUAAAGUUGAUCAAUCAUUGAUUGAUUCACGCAACUAUUUAAUGAAUAUUGCUCAUGAUUUUCGUCUUCAUCUUAAAUCUUAUAUAAAUCAACAAACAAUUAGUAAAUCUAAAAGAACAAAUACUCAAUCAUCAUUAACAUCAAUACAUGCAACAAUAUUUAUUGCACAUUCAUAUCCAUCAUGGCAAACAUUUAUUAUUAAUGAAUUAAAACAAUUAUAUCUUUCUAAUAAUCAUUCAUUACCUGAUAGUAAAAAAUUAGCAGUUCAUUUUAAAGAUUGUCCAGAAAUUGAUAAAAAGUAUCAAAAAAAAUUAAUGCCAUUUGUUAUUUAUUUGAAAGAAUUAUUAGAAAAAAGUGACGAUAUAAUAUCAUUAGAUCGACAUUUAUCAUUUGAUGAAAAUCAAAUAUUACAAUUGAAUCAAGAUUAUCUUCGACGUGCAAUUCAUGUUGAACAAAUUGAUAUUCGUUUAACUGAUGGCAAUGAUACGGAUACAACAAUGUUAAGUAAUUUAGAAGAUAUUGUACCUGGUAAACCAUUGAUACACUUUCGUCAUGAAACAUUGAUGUUAUAG